AUGACCAUCGCACACAUUAAAGUUCCGAACGGCAAGCAGUACCAGCUGGAGACUGGUAUUUUUAUCAACAACGAGUUUCUGGCCACCGAAAGUCAACUCGCCGUCGAGGACCCUGGCACCGGCACUGAGAUCUGCGCCGUCCAUCUUGGAGACGAGAGACAUGUGGAGCAGGCCGUGAAGAGCGCAAGAAAGUGUUUCACGGAGGUGUGGCGCAGCAAAAGUGGCCGCGAAAGGUCGGACCUGCUGCUCAAAAUCUCGCAGCUCAUGCUCGAGCACAGCGAUCAACUGGCCGAUCUAGAAGCCCUCGAAAGCGGCAAGCCAAAGGCGACGAACGCCAUUUUCGACGUGCUGCACUCGGCAGACGUGUUCCGCUACUACAGUGCUCUGGCAAUCACUGCCGAGGAUGGCAAGACAGUCGAAACAGAGCGCUCGAAAUUCACCUACACUGUUACGGAGCCAUAUGGGGUGUGUGCCGCCAUCAUGGCGUGGAAUUUCCCGUGCUCCACGUUUGCAUGGAAAGUGGCCCCUUGCUUGGCUGCCGGUAAUGCCAUCGUGGUUAAGCCGUCCGAAAAUACGCCUCUUUGUGCUCUGUACAUGUGCGAGCUUUUUUUGAAGGCUGGUGCUCCGGCUGGACUGCUGAACGUUGUUUGUGGUCUUGGAGCCAAGGUUGGGUCCGCCAUUGCGUCACACCCAGGCAUCGACAAGGUCACUUUCACGGGUAGCACGGUGGUUGGCAAGACCAUCCAGAAGCUCGCUGCAGAAAACCUUAAGGCGUGCACUCUGGAGUGCGGUGGAAAGUCGCCGCUUGUGGUGUACGACGACGCCGACCUGGAACAGGCUGUCAAAUGGGCUGCGUUCGGCAUCUUCUUCAACAAGGGCGAGAUUUGCACCGCCUCAUCCAGAAUUUACGUCCAAGCAGGUAUCUACGACGAGUUUCUGGACAGACUCAAAAAGCACGUUGAAGAGAAUUUUGUGCAGGGACCACAAUUCGCCGAAGGUGUCAACGUCGGUCCGCAGGUCUCCAAGGUGCAGCAGGACAAGAUCCUGGACUACGUCAAGAUAGGAGUGGCCGAGGGUGCCAAACUUGUGUGCGGCGGCAACAAAGUGCCCGACCUGGCGGGCUAUUUUCUGCAGCCGACGAUUUUGGCCGACUGUUCCCAAUCCAUGAGAGUCGUUCAAGAAGAAAUUUUCGGCCCCGUCGUCACGGUGUCCAAAUUUAACACGGAUGAGGAGGCCAUUGAGCUAUCAAACGAUUCGUCCUACGGCCUGGCUGCCUACCUGUUCACUCAAGACAUCAAUCGGUCUCAGAAGUAUAUCCGCGAGGUGCAGAGCGGCCAGGUGUUUGUCAACUACACGUUCGCAGCAGACUACCGUAUGCCAUUUGGUGGAUACAAGAUGUCGGGAAUCGGCCGCGAGCUUGGAGAAGCCGGCUUGGCAGCAUUCAGCCAGACAAAAGCAAUUGACUGGGGCCAGCUAGAACGCGACAAACCGGUUACCAAUAUAAACCGAGGGGGUGUUUUUGGAUCAGGCCCCGGGCUAAGGCUCAAGAAUAUCCCACAUGACCACGACGAUCGACACGAACAGCACAUUAGGAGCGAUGUAUAUAAAGAACUUGCGCCAGUUGACCCACAGUCACAAAACCAGGAAUUAGCUAACGAUAUACCACAGGAGCCAGAAAAAGUGCCGCAGAGCGAGCGUCCAGAUUUAUCAAAAUUAUUAAACAUCAGCAGACGACCCAUGGGCGCAUUACUGGAGGGUAAGUACGAACGUAAGCCCCGCGAUACGCAUCCCGAAAGGCCUACCCCCGCUUUUUUACCUCCGGAUAUGGCAGAGCUUUUCAGAACCAAGAAAUACGCCGAGCUAUACCGCAGACUCGAGUCGGUCUCUCUUGCGCCGUUUGAGUUCGAACAGCUGCUCAUUAUGUCCGACAACUACACCUUUAUCUACAAAAUGGCACGGAGAUUUGGCAACAUUUUUGACUACGCAGGCCUAAGCACUGCAUUUCUCGAACGCCUGCUUCUCGUCCUCUACAUGAACUUCGACUACAGAGAGUUUGAACGUAUAUUCAGCAUUUACCUCAGUCGCGUUGACGACCCCGAUCCCGAUGCUUUCCGGCUAGCUCUACGUGUGUAUCUGCGUACAGAAAACGUGAGCGUGGCCACACAGAUAUUUAAUCAGACAGUUAUGUCAUGCAGAAAAUUGGCCGCAGAUGUUUUGGACUCGUACCUGAAGGACCUGCAGCAAAUCACGUCCAAUCCGUCACUCUGCUAUAUGGCGUACCGGUUAUGGCUCUCCCGAGGCCAUAGUAUCCACUUUCGCACGCGAGUCCUAAUAUACAAGAUACUGAUGCGCCACGGUACACGAGAACAGGAAAAAUGGGUUAUACAGCAUCUCGAAGACACUAAAAGUCACAAGGUAUGGUUCGUCGACGAGCUGGACGAAAUUGAAACGAGUCGAGAGGCCCAGCAGUACAUCUCCACUCUUUAUCCGGAAUGGGUUGAGCGAUUAGAGCCCGAGGAAUGUGAGUGUUACCGUCUCGAGUGCAUAGACAUGUUCAUGAGAGUUGGAGAGGUGUCGCUGGCCAGAAGAGUGCUCGAGGACGCUGCCACGGACGCAGAGUUCAAAAUUCUGCUGCGCAGAGUUUUAUGGUGGAUCCAGCGCGACGGACAGCCCGAGGUGUAUGCAGAACUUGUGCUGAAGAUAGCCAAAGAAACCGGCUUGGAAUUCCAGGAAGAUUUUGUCUAUAACCUGUGGAAGACUUACGUUGCAGCAUACCCGAUGAUCCGUACACCUAUAACUCGGAGACUGGUGCAGGAAAUCGAGAGCAGCGAUAACUUUUCGCUUCAACGGCUUGCUCACGUGAUCACGCUCGACGAAAAAACAGGCAAGCACCGUUUGUUGCGCAGGAGUAUAGUUGGGGACAAGGCAGGACCCGUGCUGCCGCGGAUGAAGGCGAUCGACAGCCGGAUGCGCAGUGGGAUCUGGCCGCACAAAGGAAUCUUGGUGACGGCAAUGAAGACGUCUCGAUCCAUCGAAGAAGUUGAGGAGCUGGUGGACUUUAUUCGCAGCAACCCGAAAAUCGCGGACUUGAACGAACCAUCGCUCAAAAUGCUGGUUUUUCUCAAACGCAAGACCCUCAAUCCGAAAUUUCGUCUUGGCACCUUCAAGUUCCUCUCGUCGAUUGUGGAGGAACAUCGCGACUCUCUGUCCGUUUCAGACUACACGAACAUGCUUCUGGAUGCCGUCAAGUUCCAUAACCAUGAGUUUGGCAUGGUAGUUUUGGACAGAAUGGCAGAGGUCUCGCCGCGCAGCAACACCGAACUUCUCAGGGCUGUGUACGCCAUAAUCAAGUUUUACCUUGAGCUAGGGCGUCUGGACCUUGCGAUCGAUAUACUAGAGCAGGUCAAGAAGGAGAAGACGUUCUACCCUACGGAGAUUUUCAUGCGCAACACGAAAUCUAUCUGUGAGUUAUACGCCCAUAACCUGGACGUGCAAGACAGCGACGAGAUCAGAGAGAACCUUGUUAUAUAUCUCGAGCACACGAUCAAAGUGCUACAAAACCAGUACGACCACAUCAGCGCACAGCAUAUGCAAAAUUUGGACCAGUAUCUAAAGAAAAUGGCCCGCUGGAGGGAAAUUGUAUAAAGAUAGACAAAU